AUGGCUUCCCUCGCCAUCCUCCUGCUCCUCGCGCGCAUCUCCAGCUCCAUUGCCAUCUCUUCCAACUACAUCUCAAGGAGCACCGAGCAGCAGAUCAUCGCCACCAUCGCGCCGGCCAUUGUUCCUGACAUCGACGGCCAGAGCGCGCAGCCGUUCCUCACCUCGCCCUCCGGAUCGUACGCCGCGUACCUCCGCCGCGCCGUGGACGGCGGCGGCGGCCUCGGCGGGGACGCGUGCUAUGUCCAGGUCCAGCAAGCUGGCGCCAGCGGCAGCGUGUGGGAGUCGGACUGCACCCCGGUGGGCGGCGCUGACGCGUGCGACCUGGCGUUCUCGCCGGUGGGUCUCGAGCUCUUCGCCGGAGGGCACUCAUUGUGGGACACCGGGGUCGUCGCCGAUCCGGGGACUCUGAGCCUUGACGACGGUGGCGACAUGAAGAUUGUUAGCAAGGAAGGUGUGACGGUGUGGACGGCAAGCGGCGAACCAUGGACGGGGCAGCAGUGCGGGGCACCCUUGCCGGUGUCAACGACCGCGCCUUCGGUGGAGGCGCUCCCACCGCCGUCGACUGCCAGUACAAAACUCGUGACGCCGCCAGCAGCGACUUUUGCUGGUGCCGGGAGCACGGACCUUUCUUUCGGAGACCAACCAGCGCCGCCACCGCUCGACACGUUGCCGGACUUGCCGGUCCAGCCGCCACACACGGCACCCGAACAGCCACUGCCACCGCCCGCGUCGCCCGACUUGCCGGACCUGUCGCUGCCACCGCCACCAGCUUACACGUCUCCCGACUUGCCGGACCAGCCGCUGCUGGCACCCCCGCCAGCUGACAUGUUGCCGGACCAGCCGCUGUACUCGUCGCCGCCUCCAGCUCCGCCCACCUUUGGCCCUCAAACGCCAUUGCCACCUUUCGGGGUGCCACUCGCCGCCCCACCGACCAGCGACACAAUCCCAGGCACGACGGCCACGCCAUCUGGCGAGCCAGGAUCACCAGGCAGCGUGCCCUUCUCGGGACCAUCUCCUGUCGGCAUGCCACACCCACACGGCGGGCAUCCACACCAGCUGCCCCUUGGAGCCUCACCGCCGCUGCAGCCGGACGCGCUGGCGCCGAGCGGCGUCCACGGCGCGGGAACCGGGCAGCCCGGUGCCCCCUUAGGCCAUGGGCAGCAGCAGGCGGCGCAGGGCGUGUUCGGCCAGCAGCCACAGCUGCUCAACGGCGAGGGGCAGCCGUUGGAGGACAGCGCCGGUGGGUGGACAAGAAGUGAGAGCGGCAGAGUGGCGGCGUGCAUGGCCUUGUUCGCUCUGGUGACACUGGGCUUUGGCUUUUAG